UUAUAUAUAGAUUUUAGUUUUUGUUAGCGUCAAAACAAAAUAUUUUUUGGAACAGUAUUUUAUUUGAAAUAAUCAGGGAAAUACAAAAUUAUUAAUAAUAUAUUAUUUAGGCUUUGGCAACAAAGAACUGAAAUAUGACAUCUCUUUUAUUAUUAAAAUCUAUGCUGUAUGCAAAUGCAAUACAACAACAAACACAUAAAAAGAAGAAAAGCAAGCUUGCGAAAUCAACUGCUGCAAAGGAAAUAAAAGUUGUUCUAUGUAGAGUGUGUAAUGAGGAAAAAGGGGAUAUACCUAUAUUCAAUAAUAUGACUCAGCCAGAUAUACCAGAAGAAAUUAAUAACAUUACAGGGGUGAUGAUAUCCAUGUCUGAUAGUUUUUCAAAAUUCAUGUGCCAGAAAUGUCUGGAUCUGCUUAAUGGCUGCAUCACAUUCCGAAAAAUGUGCCAGAAAACGCAUGAACUAUUGCUGGAGCUGUCUAUUAAAAAAGAGAAAUGUAAUAAUGAACAAAAAAUUGAUGAGAUUAUAGAAACAGGAGACCCAUAUUAUGUAGCCCCCUCUCCGACAUACUCUGACGACAAUACGCAACUAUGCAUGCAUUGCAAUAAAGGUUUUGGUGAUAUGGUAUCCUAUAACGUCCAUCUGACAAAAUGCAGUGGCAACAAAAUAAGAACUCGGAGACCAGAUGUCUUGCCUCGAGGGAGCAAGAUGUACAAGAAGAAUUAUCUCUGUGAUAUCUGUGGUAAAAUUGCAUUUUCAAAUGCUCAGCUGUUGCAACAUAAGUCUAUCCACAACAAUGUAUUUCCAUUCAAAUGUGACAUCUGUCCAUACCAAGGUCGUACCUUGGAUCUGCUAAAAGUUCACAAGCGAUCGCAUUUGGCUGACAAACCAUUCAAAUGUACACAGUGCCCAAAAUCAACAACAACUUCAAGUAAUUUAUCCAAACAUAUGCGUCAUGUUCAUAGCAACAAUAGGCCUUACAAGUGUUCAUUCUGCGACAAAGCGUUCUCUUACCAACACGACAUGAACAGACACGUGAGAGACGUCCACCUGCGGCAAAACGUGGUGGAGUGUGACGUUUGCUUUAAGAAAUUCAAUACCAGGAAAAUAUUGCAGGGCCACCGUUCAAAGGUACACAAAAUCAAAGGCGAAAGACAAGGUAGAUUACCUUCGUAUUUACAGUGUCAAAUGAAUAGCUCCGAAAAAGACAUGAUAUUAUAUAAUAACGACGAAAAUGAAGAAGAGGCUACACCGGAAUAAUUAUCUAAACGAAAUAUAUAUUUGGGUACUAUAAAUUGUGAAAGUGAAAAUAUUCUAGUUAUACUAGACACUAUCGGCCUAGUCUGUGGCGAAUUUCAAGCACAUACAGAUUUCUUCCUAGCGUGUAGAUACAAAUUUUACAUUCAACACAAGUAAUGUAAUUCGAUUCGCCACGAUCUUGGCUGAUACUGUGUAUUUCUAGUAUUUGUAUUAAUUCCUUGUAGUAACGAAAAGUACAGUUAUCAUGAGUUCCGCCUAAAGAAAAUAUUGAGGUCAAAUUGCUUUAGCUACUGGAAACAAUACACUGCCUUAUCGUACUACAAUUUUAACGCAUGCGCAGUUUUUAGCGUAUAGACACACUGCCGUUUCUGUUGUGUAAAAGCACUGGUGAUAGAAAGGAGGCAUAUGAACAUGACUAAUCUAUAUCCAAAAUAGAAUGGUAUGCUUCAAAUUAAAGGCUUUUUGCCUCUCAUUAAUAUAUGUAUAGCAGAAUUUCCAGUAUUAUUUUAUUAUAUAUACCUUUAUGUAUGUAUUGAAGAAGUAAGUUCGGUCGGCUAAUUCAUUUUGGGAAUUAAUUAUUUGGAAUGCCAGUUUAGAAUUUGGGAAGCAAAAAAAGACAAUUAAUCAUUUGGCCAGCAAAUCAAAAUUUCUUGACAGUGGUCGGCAAUUUAAUUAUAAGCAGGUCAGCAAAAUAAUUAUUUGGACAGCCAAAUUUAAUCAGCAUCAGCAAUUCUUUUGCGCCUUGGGUUUCGUUUGGUCAAUUUAUGGGUGGCCAGGAUCGGAUCGCAAUAGGGGAACUCCUCUAUCCUGUCCUAUGGCUAACAGCAGGGUGCCCUUUAUUUCUUUUAAAAUGAAAUAGAAAUAAAUUUAUUCAUAGGAUACUAACUAAUAUACAUCACAGAAAAUGAAAAAAAUAUAUAUAUUACAAAGGUACAUUAAAUAUGCUACAAAAGCAAACAAAAGGGUACCUACCACUCAACUUGUGCCAUGACGAAGAGCCAUGACGCUGAUUUUCAGUGAUAUAAUAUGUAUGAAUAUGUUCUAAGAAAAUGUUUCAUUUUUAAAACACACGGUGGACCCUUAUAUAGAGCCAACAGACCCCAACGGAACUGCUGCUGAACUCUGCUAACCAAAUAAUUAUUUUGCUGUUCAGAAAGAUGUAAAAUGCAGACCAAUUUACCUAGAUAUAUUUGGAGAUCAAUUAGUAUUACCAAUGAUUAGCAAUAAAAAUAUUCAGCUUUUCAGAAUGAUAUAAAUUGCGAACCAAUUUUGAAACUUUUGCUGACCAAUUAGCUAUUUUAGCGAAUCAAUUUUUUUUUAAUCAAAAUACAAUAGCUGACCGUUUAAAUAACACCUAUGAAUUUUACAUUAGGUACAUUGUAUCCGAUUAGAAUAAUAAAUGUGCAAUUGCCAAAUGCAUUUAAAAAUAUUCAUUGUUUAAAAAUUUGUAGUUCUGCACAGCAAUUUAUUUCUGUAACGAUAACAAUACUUUUUAUUUUUAUUAAUAUAAUUUAUCACAAGUCAA